CCACUUCUUGUUUUUAGAUUUCCCAGAUGGGUUCUUCGUUAUUUCGUGUUUUGUGGCUUGUUUUUGGUGCUCAAGGCUUCUCAAGUUGAUUUUCCAGUAGUUCAUAGUCUGCAGAAUAGAAAGAGAAAAAGGGGUUUCUCUUUUUGAUGAUAUGUAUUGUACAUGCUAGCUUGUUUGAGUUUCGGGAGUUCGAUUUUCGAGACAAAUAGCGGGAAGCUAUAAUCCUACCUAGCUGAAACGUUGAAGUUUCGUUUGAUUCGAAAAUGCGUGAAGGGUGUCAUGGAAUUGUGAUCUUGCUUCUAUUUGGCAUGUGUGUCAAUUCAUUAGGUGCGUUUGUGGGGGUCAACCUCGGGACCGACGUCUCCAAUCUUCCAUCAGCUUCAGAUAUAGUUGCAAUUCUUAAAUCCCAUCAAAUUACUCAUCUUCGCCUUUAUAAUGCUGAUGCUCAGCUGCUAAAGGCCUUAGCAAACAGUAGCAUCGAGGUAAUUGUUGGUGUCACGAACGAGGAAGUUCUCAGGAUCGGUGAAUCGCCUGCAGCCGCUGCAGCCUGGGUUAAUAAAAACGUUGCAGCUUACUUGCCAGGAACAAAUAUUACGGCCAUUGCUGUUGGCAGUGAGGUCCUUUCUACAAUUCCUCAAGCUGGUCCAGUCUUAGUUCCAGCCUUGUAUUCCCUACAUAAGGCUUUGGUUGCUGCCAAUCUAAACUAUCUGGUCAAGGUUUCCACUCCCCAAUCAAUGGACAUGAUACCCCGACCCUUCCCCCCGUCCACCGCCACCUUUAACGCUUCAUGGAAUGCUACUAUGUAUCAGCUUCUCCAGUUCUUGAAGAACACGAAGUCCUACUACAUGUUGAAUGCCUAUCCUUAUUUGGGAUACACGAGCGGGAAUGGAAUUUUUCCGCUUGAUUAUGCACUUUUUCGAUCACUUCCUGCAAUUAAGCAGAUUGUUGACCCGAACACUCUUUUCCACUAUAAUAGUAUGUUUGAUGCCAUGGUUGAUGCAACUUACUACUCGAUCGAUGCUUUCAAUUUUUCUGGGAUUCCCGUCGUGGUUACCGAGACUGGCUGGCCAUGGUCUGGUGGAGCAAAUGAACCUGAUGCUACGAUUCAAAAUGCUGGCACCUAUGUUAACAAUCUGAUCAGGAGAGUGUCUAAUGAUUCUGGUCCACCAAGUCAGCCAACCAUACCUAUCAACACGUACAUUUACGAGUUGUUUAAUGAAGACAAGCGGCCUGGCCCGGUCUCGGAGAAAAACUGGGGUAUACUUUUCUCCAAUGGCUCUACUGUUUAUCCUUUGGGUUUGGCUUCUGGCCGUGCAACCGCGAAUUCUUCUACGGUUUAUUGUGUGGCUAAAGAUGGAGCUGAUGAAGAUAAGUUGCAGGACGGUCUGAAUUGGGCUUGUGGACAAGGAGGGGCAAACUGUGCUGCCAUUCAGCAAGGCAGGCCAUGCUUUCUCCCUAAUAACAUUACUGACCAUGCUUCUUAUGCUUAUAAUGAUUACUACCAGAAAAUGCAUACUGCUGGUGGUACGUGCGACUUUGACGGUACUGCUACACUUACGACGAUCGAUCCUAGUCAUGGCUCUUGCAUAUACACAGGAAGCUCCAAUUCAAGUGGUGGAGGUGGAGUUUCUCCUCCGGCAUUGGGGCCUUCAGGUCAGCUUCCUGGUGCAAGUUCAAAGCUGCAGGUCUCUUCAUAUCAGCUCUUGAUUUGGGUAAUCUUUUCUUGGGCAUUGAUGGUUUCUUUGACAUGAGAGGUGAAAUUUUCAGAUUGCUAAUUUAUUGAGCACAUAUGGUUCUUUGUUCUUCAGUUCUUGGUGCUCUUGUUUAUUGUUCUUUGUUCUUUGUAAUCUGUUCUUCUGAUGUGUUAGUAACUGGGUUUAGUCUUUGAUUAAUUCAUAUUAUUCUUCAAAUGAUUUCUUCCCAUUUUUGCCUAUGAAGAACCAAUCCAAUCCAUGCUAUCUAGUUUCUAGAAUCUCGGGGUUUGCUUUGUAUUCAACGCAACUUUACGGGGCCGUAAACGUUGUCUAUAUGUAUAUUUUUCUGUAUUCGUGACUCAACUUUGUCU